GGGCUGUAGUAACCCAUUCAUGGGGCAGGCGAGCGGCUGUAGCCCGGCUCCGCAGCGCUCGCAGCCACCGCCUCCUCUCGGCUCCGGGUCUUCCCCUUCCUUUCACAACUGAUCCUGUUGGGGAUUUUUUUUUUUUUUUCUAAAUUGGAGCGGUGGGGAGGAGCAGGGAGGGGGGGGUGGGGGACCAGGAGGAAGGGGAGAGAUUAGGCAGCCAUCAAUCUCCUCCUGUUUCUCCCAGAACAGGUGAUGCUUCAAAAUUGUGAUCACUUUCUUGAGGCAGCGCUGCCACUGGAAGGAUGCGAGAGACCUAGGGCGGAGGGCCUGAGGCGGCAGAUCUGAACUUGAGGAGGAUAUAACCCAAACUUUAACUACAUCAGUCCGCACCUCACGCGUGGAAGCAAAGGACGGGUUAUCUUUUUAAAUUUUUUUUUCACCAGAGAGUCUCAAACUUCGGCACUUGAUCCCUUUUCCUGGAUUGCUUUGGAGGAGACGGUUUGGUGACAGCGUUGGGAACAGUGAGGACAGCGUUGUAACUCAUUUUUAAAGCGACAGUAGAUCAGACUUUUUAAAUGUUUGGGAUCCAAGAUACUUUAGGAAGAGGACCAGCUCUGAAAGAGAAAUCGCUGGGCGCCGAGAUGGAUUCGGUCAGGUCCUGGGUCCGGAAUGUCGGCGUGGUGGACGCCAAUGUCGCUGCGCAGAGCGGAGUAGCCCUGUCCCGGGCCCACUUUGAGAAACAGCCUCCUUCCAACUUGAGGAAAUCCAACUUCUUUCACUUCGUCCUGGCGCUCUACGACAGGCAGGGGCAGCCGGUGGAGAUAGAGCGCACCGCCUUCGUAGAUUUUGUGGAGAACGACAAAGAACAAGGCAACGAGAAGACCAACAAUGGCACCCACUACAAGUUACAGCUCCUCUACAGCAACGGUGUCCGCACGGAGCAGGACCUGUACGUAAGGCUCAUCGACUCGGUCACCAAGCAGCCCAUAGCUUACGAGGGACAAAAUAAGAAUCCGGAAAUGUGCCGAGUUCUCCUGACACACGAAGUGAUGUGCAGUCGAUGUUGCGAAAAGAAAAGUUGUGGCAACCGAAAUGAGACUCCUUCAGACCCUGUCAUCAUCGACAGAUUCUUUUUAAAAUUUUUCCUCAAGUGCAAUCAGAAUUGUUUGAAAACAGCAGGAAACCCAAGGGACAUGAGAAGGUUUCAGGUCGUGUUGUCAACAACGGUGAACGUGGAUGGACACGUGCUGGCUGUUUCCGACAACAUGUUUGUUCAUAACAACUCAAAGCACGGGCGGAGAGCGAGAAGGCUGGACCCAUCGGAAGCUACUCCAUGCAUCAAAGCCAUUAGCCCGAGUGAAGGCUGGACCACUGGAGGAGCCAUGGUCAUCAUCAUUGGGGACAACUUCUUUGAUGGCCUCCAAGUGGUGUUUGGGACUAUGCUUGUAUGGAGUGAGCUAAUAACUCCUCAUGCCAUCAGAGUGCAGACUCCUCCUCGGCACAUUCCUGGAGUCGUAGAAGUGACAUUAUCUUAUAAAUCCAAACAGUUCUGCAAAGGAGCUCCAGGAAGGUUCAUUUACACAGCAUUAAAUGAACCCACCAUAGACUAUGGCUUUCAGAGACUGCAGAAAGUCAUCCCAAGGCAUCCUGGAGAUCCUGAGAGAUUAGCUAAGGAAAUGCUGUUGAAAAGAGCUGCAGAUCUGGUGGAGGCGCUCUAUGGGACACCACACAAUAACCAGGACAUCAUUUUGAAGCGUGCCGCAGAUAUUGCUGAAGCCCUGUACAGUGUCCCCAGGAAUCCCAGCCAGAUCCCAGCUCUCUCCAGCUCUCCAGCUCACAGUGGCAUGAUGGGCAUCAAUUCUUAUGGCAGCCAGCUUGGGGUCAGCAUCUCAGAGUCAACACAGGGAAAUAAUCAAGGAUACAUCCGCAACACAAGCAGCAUCUCUCCGCGGGGCUACUCUUCCAGCUCUACCCCUCAGCAGUCUAACUACAGCACCUCCAGUAACAGUAUGAACGGCUACAGCAAUGUCCCUAUGGCCAACCUGGGUGUCCCAGGAUCUCCAGGAUUUCUAAACGGCUCCCCCACAGGCUCCCCUUAUGGAAUCAUGUCAUCAAGUCCCACUGUUGGAUCUUCCAGCACGUCCUCCAUCCUCCCAUUUUCCUCUUCAGUUUUUCCUGCUGUCAAACAGAAGAGUGCCUUCGCCCCCGUCAUCAGGCCCCAAGGCUCCCCUUCACCUGCUUGCUCCAGUGGCAAUGGAAAUGGAUUCAGAGCCAUGACCGGACUUGUCGUGCCCCCAAUGUAAAGAAGAGGAAGAACUGCUUUCUUAUAGCACAAAACUGCUUACUCUGAUGGACCAAUAAUGAAGAAAGCACUAGGAGCUCUCUGGGGAAAGUUGUGCCCCAGGUGAACAUGAUGGACAGAUCUGGGUUUGCAAGGAGCUGCCUCUUACCUGGUCUCACGUUUCUUGUGUAGCUCUGAUGGUAACUACACAAACUGACCCUCUUGGGAACAAGGACAAAAGAUGUCAUUGACGUAGUCAGUGCUAAGAGCAGAAAUGCAAUUCUUUGUUAUGAACAUUAUGAGAACCACCUUCCUAUGUUUGUAAAAUAUUUAAGAAAAAAAAUUGGCAAACGAUUCAUGCUUAAUAUUUUGGAUACUAUUUGUUUUUCUUUGUAGGAAAAAAAAGUUGAAAGUUUCUAUUUUCUAUGAAGCCUUUCAGAUACCAAUUUAGUUUAUGCAGAAAAAAAAUUGAACAAAACAGGGUACCAGCAUGGAAGACUUUCUUAAAAUGAAACCUGAAUUGAAUGAUGAAAUGUUGUUGUAUGUGUGUUUGCUUAUAGUUUAAUCUCUUUAAAAAACAAACAAAAAAAAAAAAACAAAAAAAGGGAAAAAUUUUAAAAUGUUUUACAAUUAUUUAAAUAAAUAAACGUGUAACUUAUUGUAGGUAGAGGUAGAAAUUAAGACCUUUUUGGAAGAGAGAGGAAUUUCUCUUCCUGAUGUAAAAUGGAAGUGAUGCAAACAUGUAGUAACAAGUUUAAAAGGUGUGUGAUUAUUACUGCAGUUACUUACUAGACUCUUAUCCCCCAUCCCGCAUCCCCCUCUUUUUCCAUCAUUUUACUGACCCACAGGCAAGAACAUGCAUCUUAUAUAGAACCACCCGAUGCAGAAACGAUGCAAGUCCAUGCACGUACACAAAUACUCAAACCCAUCAAUCCACUCCCAGCUCCGUCUGCUUUCUAAAUAGUCUACACGUCCCUUUAGGUGUUCACUGUUUGUGAAUACAUAAUUUUUAAAAUUUAUAUUAGCGUUCAACAUUCUCCCCUGAGCAGUGCAGAGAACUCCCAUGUUUUAGUGUGUCCCCGGCUUUGCAUCCCAGGGAAAGACGGGUCUCACCUUAAAGACAGCCAAAGCCAUGUGACUUUCCCAAACAAGUGGCCUCUGUGGAAUCUCCCUUUCAGAGCCCCUCCCUCCCUCCUCUUUGGUUACGUGGUUCAGCACAGAGAUUUAAGCCCCACAGAACUUCAGAAACUGGAUUUGAAGACGGUGACUCUGUUUCUUGGACUCUUCAUCGUCAAUCUUAGGAUGUUCACAUCCUUUCUUCUCGCUGCAGAUCUCCCCUUUCAUGGCAUUAAACUCACUUGAAAAAAAUAUGUAUUCAACUUGACACCGUUUCCAGGCAAGAAUGUGAUGGGGUGCAGAAGAGGCAUGUUAAAAGCCCUAAUCUCUCUUCUGAUCUUCAAAGAAACGGAAACCUAGAUUCUUAGCAGGGUCAGAGAGUAGGGGCAUCUGUGUUCCAAGCAACGCAUUUCCUCAGGCCUGCGACAGGCACUCGUAAGUUCUGGGACUAGCUCUUAGCAGGAGAAACCUUGCAGGAACUGCUAACAUGGAGUAAAGUCUUGAAAGCCUGUGUGAUCCUGGAGAUGUAUCCAGAGUUAUCUGGAUUGCCAACAAGGAUGUCAUUUUUGUCCAGACCAGGGUUCUCCUUGCUGACUCAUUGGCACCACAGUAUAGUCUAUAUACAGACUUCAGUUUGGGCUUCUUGGUUGGGGUUCUAUUAGAAAUUGAUGCAGCUCUGCUGGAAAAACAUGUUUAGUGCAUCUGAGCCAAUUUUGGACUUCAUAAAUUCAGCGUCCCUUCCAUUUGCUCACACCUAUUCAACCCCCAAUGGUCUUAUUUGCCUUUAAUCUAUUCUAGAACUACCCAGUAUGACCCAAAUAUUAUUUCUACGCACAUGAUAAUCCAAGGGUUUGGAAACCUGGCAUACUCGUAAUUCCUGCUGACCGUCCCUGUCCCUCCUAGUCAGGGCUUAAAGCACCAAAAAAAACAGGGAAACACACAAGAGAACUUUCCCCAGUGAAAAAUCUGAUGGGAGAGGAAGAGUGUGGAUGACAAACAUCACCAUCCAAAAGUGAAAGCAGAACAAAAUUAAGCAUGUUUAGACCUGGAUUUGAGCCAAUCCAACAUAAGGAAAUGUUUUUUUUUAAGUAGCAUCGCUUUUAGAAUCUGUGAAGUUUGCUCUUGCAUGAAGAUGAGUGCAGUACUGUCUUCAAAAUGAUUGUAGAAUUUCUUGGUAGCUUUACACCGAAAAAUGUGUGUAACUAAAUACCAGACAUCCUUGACCAUUCAGCUAGAACCUCAGCAGUGACAGAUCUAUUUAAGUGUACAAAUGUGUGUAAGGAUGAUUUUUAGUGUACUAAUAAAUUAAAAACAAAGCUACUCUGUCCUCUUUAGUCAUUGCUGUUAAAUCAUUCCGGUCCCAGGUUAUUUUUGUGCCACUUGGAAUAAGUAUUUCUAUAGGUAACUACAAAUUCUAUCCUAUCUUUGUAAAAGGAGCUGUGUUAAGAUUUUUCACUUAAAGGGACAAUUUACUUCAUUAUUUAUCUCAUUUUUUGUUAUAUCAUCGUAUUUCCCCCCAGUUUUUCUUUGCACAUUUCAAUAUGCAUGGUUUAAAAACCAUCCCCUUCUCUACCUUUUGUACAGUAAGGUCUCAUUUUCAAACUGUAUAGUUUCAUUUUAUCGUUUUGCUUUGUCAGUUAUAUACAGUAUAAAGUUGCUAUGCACAGAGCUUUUUGUAAAGACAGCUUUUUUGUUUACUGUUUUUAAUGGUCUUACUUAUGAAAGAAUAUCUUGUUUGUAAAAUGAAUAUGUCUACUUCAGUUUUAAACUUUAAAUUAUCCUAACAAAAAAUAAAAUUUUUGUACUGUAAAAA